AUGUCGAGUACAAAUAAACUAACAACUUAUGAUACUGAAGACAUUCUAGAUGAUUUCAUGCUGCAAUUCCACCUCGAAAGUGAUGGUUUUCUGAGGAAAUUAAUUUUCUCUAUGCGAAAUCUGAGAAGCCAUUAUAAAAUUGAUUCUGGAAUUCAAAAUAUCAAAUCCAGAAUUAUAGAUACUGAUGAGGGACAUGGGAGGUAUAGUUAUAGGUUUAAUGUUCCCGGGGAAGGUUUAUCAUCGCGAUGCGUGAGUAAUAGAGGGACAGAUUGUCGAUGGGAUGCACUUUUAUUAGAAGAAACCCAGCUCGCCCGGAUUGAAAGUCCGAAAAGGCAGACAAUACGGUGGCUUGUGGAGGAAGAAUCACGGCCUAAGGGGAUAUCAGUGGUGGGAAUGAGAGGUUUGGGGAAAACCACUCUGGUUAAGGUGUAUGAUGAUUUUGCUGUGAAGAAACACUUCCAGAACCACGCAUGGAUUACGGUUUCACAGUCGUUCGAGGUGGAGGAGCUCCUGAAAGACACAAUUCAGCAACUGUUUGAACAGAUGAAAAAAACUCCUGAAAAUUUGAGCUCCAUGAACGAUAACAAGCUCAAAGCUAUAAUCAAAGAUUUCUUGCGCGAUAGAAGGUAUGUGCAAGAGUUUGAUGAUGUUUGGAGUAUUCUAGCAUGGGAAGCUAUCAGAUAUGUCUUACCUAAUGAGAAUAAUGGGAGUCAUGUCAUCCUGACAAUGCGGCUCAUGGAUGUGGCUUUAUCUUGUAGCCAAGACACUAAUGUUUAUGUGUAUGAGUCGAAUCCUUUGUCUGAAAAAGAGUCCUGGAUUCUAUUUUGCCAGAAGACAUUCAGGGGGAAGCCGUGCCCUACGCACUUGGUUGAAAUUUGCAAAAGCAUCUUGAAAAGAUGUGGAGGAUUGCCACUUGCCAUUGUUUCUAUUAGUGGGGUGCUGUUAACAAAAAGGAGAACGUUGAAGAAUGGAAGAAGCUCAAUUGCAGCCUCGGCUCUGAACUAGAAGGGAAUGAUCACCUUGAGAGUAUGAAAAUCAUUUUGUUACUCAGUUUCAAUUAUCUACCGUAUUACCUCAAACCAUGUUUUCUGUACUAGAGCAAUUAUCCGGAGGCCUAUGAGAUUGAACACAAUACACUGGUUCGACAUUGGAUAGCAGAAGGUUUUGUGAAACAAAAAGUUCGAAGAACGGUGGAAGAAGUUGCACAAGGGACCUCAAUGAGCUCGUCAACACAAGCUUGCUUAGUCCGGUGACAACCAAUGAUGAUGGAAGCAUCAAAACGAGCUGUAUCCAUGACUUUUAUUGGGAGAUUAUUCUUU